UUCUGGAAUUUCACAAUUGUUAUGUCCAAACGCCCACUAAGUUUGCUUUAUUUUGUGAAAUGACAGAUGGUCCAAUAAAGUAUUUGAAGCACGAGCUUCAUGUGAUUGACGAUAAGAACUUGGUAACCAAAUAUUCACUAAUCGAAGGAGAUGUUCUAGGAGACAAAUUGGAAUCCAUUACCUAUGAUGUCAAAUUCGAAACUUCUGCAAAUGGAGGUUGUAUUUGCAAGACAUCGACUGAGUACCACACAAAGGGUGAUUAUGUAUUUAAGGAAGAAGAACACAAUGAAGGCAAAGAUAAAGCCAUGGAACUUUUCAAGGCUGUUGAAGACUACCUUCUUGCCAAUCCUACCGUCUAUGCUUAAAUGGUGUCCAAGUCGGUUUGCGUCCAGCCCGGC